CGCUUAACUACCUCCAAAGCGGCAUUAAUGGCUAUAGCUCAACCUUCAUCUCCCUUCUUUGAAUGCACAACUAUGCAUCCUUAGUCGGUUCUGACUUACAUUUGGCUCACUAUAAAGUUUUCGUUGAGGAAAGUCAGUAAGUAAACACUAGAUAGUACAAAGUUUUGGAAAUAUGGGUAUCCACAGACAGCAAAUAUUGGCAUUUUUCUUUGUGGCUUUAUUGGGAUUUAUUGACAUCCGUCUGAAUAAUGCUCAAGAUUCAACAACACUUGUUCCGGCAAUCAUUACAUUUGGUGAUUCCGCUGUGGAUGUAGGAAAUAAUGACUACAUUCAUACUCUUUUUAAGGCUAACUAUCCUCCUUAUGGAAGGGAUUUUGUCACUCGUCAACCCACCGGUAGAUUCUGCAAUGGAAAAUUAGCUACUGAUAUAACUGCUGAUACACUUGGGUUCACUACUUACCCGGCUGCAUAUUUGAGCCCUGAAGCAUCAGGCAAGAAUCUCCUUAUUGGUACUAAUUUCGCUUCUGCUGCUGCUGGAUUUGAUGAUAAAACCGCCAUCCUCAACCAUGCAAUUCCAUUUUCAACACAGAUGCAAUACUACAAGGAGUAUCAAUCCAAGCUAGCAAAAGUUGCAGGCAGCCAAAAAGCGGCAUCCAUCCUAAAGGAUGCACUCUACAUAAUAAGUGCAGGAAGCAGUGAUUUCUUACAGAAUUACUACCUCAAUCCGUAUCUUAACAAACUCUACACUCCUGAUCAGUAUGGUUCUUAUCUUGUCGGCAUAUUCACUAGCUCCGUCAAGGAUUUGUAUGGCCAAGGAGCAAGAAGAAUUGGGGUAACUUCACUGCCGCCAUUGGGCUGUCUCCCAGCUGCUAGAACAUUAUUCGGAUUUCAUGAAAGUGGAUGUGUUUCAAGGAUCAAUUCAGAUGCCCAACAAUUCAACAAGAAAAUGAAUUCAGCUGCAACACAGUUACAAAAGCAACUUCCUGAACUUAAGAUUGCUAUCUUUGACAUUUUCCAACCCCUAUAUGACCUCGUCAAAUCUCCAUCAGACCACGGAUUCGCGGAAGCGAACAGAGGGUGUUGUGGAACAGGAACAGUGGAGACAACAUCAUUAUUGUGUAACCCAAAAUCACCAGGAACUUGUAGCAAUGCAACACAAUAUGUGUUUUGGGAUAGUGUACAUCCAUCUCAAGCAGCUAACCAAGUUCUAGCUGAUUCCCUCAUUAUUCAAGGCAUCAACUUAAUUGGAUAAUUAAUCCAAUAAAAAUAUGUGAAUUUUACUGUUUUUUUUUUAUUCUAUAAGACCUUUUAAAGUUACGUCGUGAUUUUCUUUUACUUUUAAAAAUUAUCGUUUCCUUUUAUUGAGAUGCAUGAAGAUGAAAAUCAUGUCUUGUAUUAGUUAUUUUUUACUGUUAUUAAUGAAUGAAGCACGUGUUGUCUUGGAAAAUAAUGUACUUACGGAAGAUUUAAAUUGAAAAGUCUCCUUUUAUUUUUCAAGCC